AUGUCUCGUCUUGAAGCUAAAAAGCCUCCCUUAUUUAUUAGUGAUCCUUUAACUAAAGAUCUAUUUAUUCAGUCCCUGUCUCUGCUGAGCAGGAUAUUAAAAUCUUGCUAUGGUCCUGCUGGUAGGCUCAAACAGCUCCACAAUGGGGUGGGAGGCUAUGUUUGUACAACUUCACAGUCUUCAGCCAUACUCGGUCGUCUGUCUGUCAGUCAUCCCGUGUUAAGUGUUUUGACAGCCUCUGUACAGAACCACGUAUCCCGCUUCAGUGACUGUGGUUUAUUUACCGCUAUUCUUUGCUGUAGUUUCAUUGAAAACUUUAAAAGCCUAAGUGUUGCAUCUUACACUGUCAUUAAAAUAAGCAGACACCUUCUGAGUUUGUGUAUGGACUACCUCAAAUCUGAGGCCUGUGGUUGCCGAGUAUCCGUGGAUUUUAGCAGUGUUGAGAGUCUUCUUUGCUUGGUACGUAGUGUAUUAAUAAGCAAACCUGCUUGUAUGCUUAAUAAAACAGAAAUUGAUCAUCUUGCCACACUGGUUGUAAAGGCUUUUAUAUUUACUGUUCCUUGUCAUGUGGAGACUAAUGCAGUCUUAGGAAAGUGUGUAAUAGUACCUGUGAAAAGUGGAAGGGUUGUAGAUUCUACAGUUCUUCCUGGACUACUGAUAGAAACACCAGAAAUUCAAUGGGCAAAACUCCUUACUGUUAAAAGAACUUGUUCAAACAUGAUCAAGAUAGCACUUUUCAGUGUGUCCAUGUCAGGAGACAGCUUCAGCCCUGAAGAAGGAACUAUAACGGUCCAUCAUGGAAUUUCUCUAGAAGCGUUAGAGCUGAAUCAGUUGCUUGAUGUAGGAAAGCAGCUGGUUAGUGAUGAGGUUGGCCUUGUGGUGUGCCAGAAAGUUAUCCAUCCAUCCUUGAAACAGUAUCUGAAAGAGAACCAUGUCAUGGCUGUGGACAGAGCUGGGCUAAAUCUGAUGGAACCCCUGAGUCGGAUGACAGGUUCAAAGCCUAUAGCUUCCAUACAGUUGUUGUCUCCUGAUUGUUACGGCAGUUUGGAAGAUGUGCGUGUUGAGAGUUUCGCUUCAAAACAUUUUGUACAUCUAAUUCCUAAGGACACCGUUGUCUGCAGCUUGAUACUCUGUAACAGAAAUGAAACAGCGUGGGAAGAAUUGAAGCGUGCUUGUGAAACUGCAGAACAUGUGUUACAGCUAACAGUCAAGGAACCUUUGGCAUUAUUAGGAGGUGGCUGUACAGAAACUCACCUGGCGUCGUACAUCAGACACAAGAGCUGUACUCUGUCCACCAGCACUUUUAAAGAUAUAGAUUGUUCUCGGACACAAUACCAAUUGGUUGCUGAUGGUUUUUGCCGUUCCCUGGAGUCUGUAGCUUGCUCUCUGAGUCAUGAUGAUGGAGAUAUACUUACAGACAUAGUUUAUGGACACUGUUGGUUUGUUCCAUCAGGUUUUCCCUCUGUUUCCAAUUGGUCAGAUUUAGUUUCAAAAUGUGGCUGUGGGAUCAAUGGUAACACUGAGAACCUCAGCUGGAGGCUUUUGCAAGGCCAGUUUGCCUCCCAUGUUAUACAGGACUGCCCUAAAAAGCCUUCAGUAAAGGUUGCUGACUUUCUGACGGUGGACUGUUUUGCUGCAAAGUGUAGUGGCCUACAAGUUGCUCUGGAGACAGCUAUUCUGAUUUUGGAUCUCUCAUAUGUAAUUGAAGAUCAAAAUUAGCUCUGAUCUUACGUGAAUUAUGAUUGCACAGCAAGAUACCUAAUUGAAAGCAGAGCAAUAUAUAACGUGUUAAGAUACUUUAAAUGGUUAGAAUAUGCACAACAAAUUUUAAAUCAAAGAGUUGACCAUUAAGUACUCUUCUGAUUGUUAAUCUACAUUGAAAUAGUAUUUUCAAGCAUUUUCUAAUCUUUGCCAACUGUUAAAUGAUUAGCCUAAUACACAAUGAAUCAUAGUAACAUAUGACUUGUGAGUAUUCAAAUUAACAUAUUCAGAAAAGUAAAUGACACUUUGAUAUUCCCUCUGUGUUAAGCAAAGUUUUGGAUGUUCACUCUGUAUCAUCUUCAAAGGAAGGGGAAAAAUUGCUGAGAAAACAUACAUUAUGGAUUAGAAUUCAUGUAGUCUCAGUAAAAGCUUUACACAUUCAAACCAGCUUUUGUAUUGCAACAGCACUUUGUCACUGGUAUUUUUAAUUUUGUAGGUAAAAAAGAUUUUCCUUAGUAAAUAUCUUGAGCUACUUGUUUUUAAAUUUUAUUCUGAAGAUCUUAUCAGCAUAUACUAGACAGUUUCUGUUUCUAAAUGGCUGGAAGAUAUUAAUUCAUAGACAGAAUUCAUUUAGCAAGUUAUUAAAAUUCAACCUGGAGAUCUUAAGGUAGCAGGUAGGUAAUAGAAAAUUUGAAAAGAAAUGGCAGGCUGUGUGGAAAAAACUAAUAUGAAGUGGACCUUGAUUGUCGUCUGUGGAAUACAAAGCAGUUUAUAAGCAAUAUUUUUAUCAUUUAAGCAAAGCUGCAAGCAGGAAUGUCCCACUUACCAUUCAAUUAACUCUUUGACUGUACAUAGCUUCUUUUUCUUUUAAUGAAGUCAGGCUCAGGCUUGUUUUGAUCUUUAAAUAAGGCUGUGGACUGAGUGAUCGAAACUUUUCUUAUUUUCAGCUUGCAUGCAAGAUCAAAAGGGGUGUUACAGUUUCCUGCUUAAACUCAUUUUCUUUGCCCCUUCUUCCUCUAUUGUUUUCAGUCAUGGGGGACAAAUUGUUCAUGGCAUGCUUUUCCAAGCAAGAAAACAUCCAAGUUAGUUAUGGAGUAGUCUGCUUAUUUGCUUCCUGGUCUCAUAAGUUUUUAAGAGUAAGCAGUAUAAUUGUAGUAUAAGUAGUAGAAUUGUUUUGUAUAACUUUGUUUUGAAAUAUGUGAUUAAAACCAGAUCUUUCCAGACCUUUUGUACAAAGUCCUUUAAGAGCAUAAAUAAUUGUUUUCUCACUGAAAAAAAUGAAGUUAUUUUAAGUUCUUUAUCUUUUUAUGACCUGGAAUGAUUGCUUCAGUGCUAUGAGACAUCCUUUGGGAAUUUGUAGAAGAAUGUUACGAGGUUUGAGAUGGAGGCUUUGCAAAGUUGGUUACUAAAAAGGCUGCUUUCAUAUCUUGUUCCUCCCAUAUACUGUGAACCACAUGAAGGCGUCAUGAAUAAUGAAGCCAAAUAAUGGUGUAUAUCUUAAGGCAUAGAAGAAUCUUGGUAAUACAUCUAUUUAUGAGUCUUUAACUUGGAGUGUUGAAUUAGAGUAUUUUACUUCCUGUAACAGCAGCUUGUUAUGCAGUGCAAAAAUGUUAAGUUUAGAGACUACAGCUGUGAAGUGAAAAUUAAACCAAUCUUUAAGUAGAA